AUGACGUUACUACGUCAGGCCAUGGAGCUGCGGAUCCAUGUGUUUGGCGGGGAAUAUGGAUACGGUCGUGACAAGGAAGUGGAUGCGCUCGAUCACAUCUCCAUCCCGUUGGUCCUGCGACACCGUGAAGACGAGCUAUGGGGCGUCAUGCGUGUGAUCCCCUUUCCUGUACCUGAGGUUCCUCCAUGCUUCUACGAGGCUGAUCGUAUACGCACUAUGCCCGUACUUCCAGGGAGCGAGCGAAGUGUGGAUGAUAUGCUAGCGUACCUAUGUUCACAGCAGACCGUACAGCAGGACGAGCGAGGAGCGAUCGUGUUAUCCGGUAUUAAGCUCGGUCGCAUUGCUAUUCCUGCACCGCUACGCGGCCGUGGCAUAGGCCGUACCUUCAUGGCUCUGGUCGAGGCAUGGGCUACGUCUGUGCUGCAGCCGUAUGCGCAACGCUAUGCGCCGCAGGCUGUGUAUGCCACGGUACAGCUCACGGCACAAUCGGUCUCAAAAGGGUUCUAUGAGCAACUGGGCUACGUGGCCACCAGCGACGAAUUCAUACUGCUGUCGCAACCGCAUGUGUGGUACGCGAAACGUCUUCCGCUGUUGUAG